CUGUGACGUCACAACGCCCAACUUUCAGUUUGCGUGUUUUAAUGGGAAUGAAAACUCCUGCGUGCUGAAAAAUGGGAAGUUGUUGUUGUUGUUGUUCCUCUCCUAAUGAAGACGGCGAGUCAGAACCUUUGCUCCGGACAAACAGCAAAACAGAAUCUGCAAGACCACUGCGACCAACUGCUAAUGAUGCGGGUCAGAAGAGCGGCAGGUUUUUGGCUCGUCAUGUUGGCAUCAAUGACCUCGAUGAGCGUUUCAGAGACGUUGCCGAGACGUUUAAUAAGCAGCAGGAGCAUUAUGAGACCAUGAAGGACACGCUCCAGAAUCUCGCAAACCACUACAAAUGUCCAUCCAAAGACAGUCUGUCUCAGUGCCUGAAGAAAAUCAAGCAGGAUCACGAGCUGCAGCACAUCAGUCUGGAGGUGAAGGGCUACGACUUCUCUCUGACGGUGAGAUCAGACACGGAGAUCUCCAGCGGGCUGAAGAGGACACAGGAGAGCAUCGCGGAGAUGAGCAAAGCUGCGAAAGCCGUCAUUUCUGUGGCCACCAAACUGCAGGAGAUGAUGGACUGGCUCCUGAAGGAGGAGGAAAGCAUGAUUCAGCGGGUGGAGGCCGCCGAGUCCAGACAUCAGGAGCAGAGGAGACUGCUGGACAACCUGAAGAAAAACCUUGUGGAAACUCGGAGGGCUAAAGAACUGAGUCCUAAGUACAGGAAAGAGGCUGGGAAUCUUCUGAACGAGGCUGCCGUGCUCUCCGGGAUCACACCGUAGAGUGAAGCAUUCUGUUAAAAAUAAAGGUUGUUUAUAGAGGGGAGUAACUAUGAUGCACAUUGUAGGCCAAUGGGUUAUAUGCACACAGACUUUUUAAUUUUCAGUCUGCCAGCUCAGGUGCUUCUAUUGAACUUUUGCGCCACGUUUAACAUCUGAAUUCUUUAAAAAUCAUUGAUCUUCACUGCCUGAUAGAUAUACAAUAUGAAGAGGGUCUCAGACCAGGCAAGAAGCACUUCUUUACACUGCAUUGCUCCCGCCGUCUCUUUAAAUUUACGGAGGUUUAUUAUUUAACUCCAGUAUUUUCAGUGGAGUUUCUGCGCUCACCUGCUGCUACUGAGGGCGCUUGUGUUUAAACGGUUUUUCAUCUCGUUUUACACCUGAACAAUGAAUUGAAUGCUUAAGUCUGUUUAACUGAUUGGAUGUUAAUUGCAUUGCAACAUCAGUGCUGUAAAAGGAGCCUUAGGAAAUUGAAAAUAGUCACAUUAUUGGCUUGAAAAAGCAUUAAAAUAGUUCCUGGCGAAGCAGUGGCGCAGUUGGUAGUGCUAUCG